AUGGCGGUGACGCAGACAGACUCGAUAGAGGACGAGUUUCAAGAGGGCUUGCAGGAGGUGGGGGAGAUGAGGGACAAAUACGAGCGCCUGCUGGCAGCCGUGGCGGACGCACAGGAGAGAGCAGCAGGUGCGCUCUUGGGUGGACAGUGUGCGGAGGCGCUGCACCAGCUGGCGGCGGUGGUGGCGGACGCCUUUGGCGGAGUGGAGGAGGGCGGCGCCGGGGACACCCUCCUGGCCGCCGCCGCUAUCGAUGGCCGCUUAGCUGAGUUGCUCUACUUCCAUAGCCUGCACUUGCAACAGACACUGGCGGAGCCGGCAGAGGCGCUGCCGGGGGAGAUGCAGCACGUGGUGUUCGGGGUGAUCUAUAGCUCGUACACGCCAGUUGAGGCUACUGUGCUGGCCACCAGCAGCACGUGGCUGAGCGGGGCGUGGCUGGCGGCGGGGCGGGUGGUGGGGGCGCUGGAGGCGGGCAUGCUGCUCUUCCUCAUGCACGGCGUCCGCAUGUCCGCCUCCGAGGCCAUGCUGCGCACCGCUGUCAUCGCUGCCAUCCUCGCUGGCGCUGACGUGGCAGUCAAAGUGCGGUGUGGAAGCAGCAGCAUGUCCCGCAUGGCCAACUGUCAGAAGUAUAGGCAGGAAUGA